CGCAUUCGGACAGGCGAUGGCGGAGCACAGCGAGCUGGUCACCGAGAUGUGCGUGGUGGAGAAGAUGAGCACGCAGGAGCGGCUCAAGCACGCUCGCAAGCGGCGCCAGCAGCAGCUGAAGAAGUGGACCCAGCACGAGCGGGACCUGCAGAAGGGCAAGGGCAAGGCUGGGCCCCGGGCCGCCUUGCGGGCCGGUGCACCUGCCCAGGAGUACAAGGUCCACUUUGUGCCCAGCGUCAUGUUGCUGGAGGCCGCCGCCAGGAACGACGUUGACGAAGUGAGGCGCCUCCUGAUGCUUGGUGUCAGCCCAGACUCUACCAACGAAGAUGGACUCACUGCCUUGCACCAGUGCUGCAUCGACGACAGUGAGGAGAUGAUGAAGCUGCUCAUAGACUUUGGGGCCAAUGUGAAUGCCAAGGACAGUGAGCAGUGGACUCCACUCCACGCUGCCGCCACGUGCGGCCACAUCCACCUGGUCCGCUACCUCAUUUCCAGGGGUGCAGACCUGUUAGCUGUGAAUGCCGAUGGCAACAUGCCGUACGACAUUUGUGAGGACGAACCCACGCUCGACUACAUUGAAUCGGAAAUGGCCAAGCGAGGAAUAACUCAGGAAAUGAUUGACGAGACUCGGGCUGCAAACGAGGUGAUGAUGCUGAGUGACCUGAGAAACCUCAACGAUGCUGGAGGUGACCUGGAAUUCAGAGACGAGCAGGGCGCUACACCGUUGCACAUUGCUGCUGCCAACGGCUACGUGUCUGUGGUGGAGUUCCUUCUCGAUCAGCACGUGUCCACCGAUGUGUGCGAUAAUGACCAGUGGCAGCCCAUCCAUGCAGCAGCCUGCUGGGGACAUCCCGACGUCUUGGAAAUGCUGGUUCAGGCUGGGGGUGACCUGAAUGCCAGAACCAAAAACGGAGAAACCCCUUAUGAUAUCUGCGAAGACCCUGACCUGAAGGAGCGGAUUGUGCAGCUGCGAAGCGAAAUGGAGACCAAAAGGGCCAUGCAGCCCAACAAGCUAAGGCGCACCCAGAGCCAAAACACUCGAAGCCAGUCGGUUCGGCGAACGAGCAUCAGGGAAAAAGGGAUGAUCUCUCGGCGAGAGGCCCGGGAGGAGGCCCGCAUCCGGCAGGAACAGCAGGCACCCGUCAGCAAGGAUGAGGACGAAGAAGCGUCCAAGAAGGAGGCGACUCCCGAGGGCGACUCGAGUGCUCGGACGAGCCCUGGCAGUGAGCAGCCAUCCCCCACCGAGGUGUCGCCCCCCCGCUACGCCUCGGAUGGCGUCCUGGCCCUGCUGGCGGACCCGGCCGCGGGGCCCCCGUCCUACUCUGAGCUGUCUCCAGCACGCAGCCCCGGUGGCAGUAGCACCGCAACGGAAGCAGUCAAAGUGGAGAUUCACGUGACUGUGAACACGCAGCAGGCAGCACUGGGAUUCUCCCCGCAGAACGGGACGCUGUCAGACCUCAAGAAGCACCGUGCAGACCUGCGCAACAGUCGAGGUUCCUUGACGUUGUCGUCGUCGCAGCAGCAGGAACUGGUAGGCAAGAUGGCCGCUUCGACGGGUCACAACGGUCACCCAGCAGCAUCACUUCAGUGCCACAGUACGCCGGCCAAGCUAUGAUCCGCCUCCAUCUUCGCCGUCGACGUCCAUUCGCAGGUUUCGCAGCGACCCGUCAGAAAUUGUCGGGGAGCCACAGCGCAAGGACUGUUGCAUGCUUAUGUGAUGGUGUCUGAGGUGCCUCUCGGCUCUGGCAUUUGUCGCCAGCUUUGGCACGACCUGGAAGGGUACCGUCGAUUGUGGUGCAAGCGGCCAGGGUUUCAAGUUGUUUGCCACGAGGGAGGACAAUGUGGUUGGAGGAUGGGUCAAUCGGUUCCAGUUGGCGACCGAUCAGACUUGUCAGUGGCCUUGCAGGGGAAAUUUUUACACUCUUGCUGCACAUUUUUUUCCCCCUUGACGCUCUUGCAGGUAUUCAAUGGGGGCCGGAAGAAGGAAGCAAGUGUCUAUUUCUUUGUAGAACAAUAAUUUCAAAUAUGUGUGUGGCAUUAGUGCAUCGCCUCCUGGUUCAUACGAUGGGGUUGGGGCUUCUGGGAACACCCAUGGCUGGGCCGAGAAAGGCCAAAUAUCCAGUCCCCCUCGAGCUGGCUGCUCUGGUGUGCUCGUAAUGCCCGGCCAAGUUUUUCUUCAUUUUUCUUGUGGGGUUAACAGAAAUAGUAAUAUAUUUUUAUCGAAAAUUAUUCUGGCUUCAAAAGCAAGAUAAUAUUUGACCAGAUUUUAUACAUUCCUUUAAGUAAAACUCCACAAUUUUUUUUUUUUUUUUUGUUACUAGCGAAAAUUACAGGGAGAUGUCCCUUUGCUUCCCCUCCUUCCUUAUGCAAUCCACCCGUCUCCCGUGGUUGUUAAGUUUUGAUGGGAUGUGUCACUCUUAUAGUGGCAAUGUUAGGACCAGUAACCUGCAUUUCCACUGGUGGUCGUGAUUAAGUUGGAAGUAAUAACUAGCCACUGCAAAACUUUUUUUUUUUUUUGUGGUAUUGGUGCUGUGCACUGUCGUAAGUUGUGCUUACCCCUGGCAAACUAUUGGGAUAGCAACCCCCUGGCAGCGACUUUAUCGACGUAGCUUCAAAAGCAAGCCGGCGUGCAUUUGUUUUGUUUUUUGUUUUCUUGUCAAGGCCUGACAAAAUUAAGGUUGUGGCUGCAAAGACUUUAAAAAAAUAUUUAUCUUGCUUUAUUUUUUUUUUCUCACAUCUUUUGGUGCGAAAUGCAUUUCAAGCUCAUUCCAGAAUGCCUAGCAAGUUUUCUGCGAGGCACUUUCCACAUUUAUUGGAUGUUUUCUAGUGCCUCUUUUGUAAGCCCUUGGCGUGUCUGUUGCUGCAGCAAAGGGAAAGUGGACGCCCUAUGUGAGAGCAAUCUUAGAUUCUCGCCUCCUUCCUUAGCAUUUGAUGGUUUGUGUCAAAUGAAAUUUGUAUGCAAAGUGAAAAGUAUGCAAAGUAUGAAAUUUGUAUGCAUAGACUAGAACAUGUGGAUUUUCGUUUUGGCAGUAGAUUGGUUUUCUUUUUAGGAUGAAUGGCCAGAUAUGCCUUGUUCUCAGGUUUCGCUGUUGCUUGUUUUGUUCCAUGUUCCAGCUGCAAUACGGGUUGGAGCCUAGAGUACUGCAAAGUACAGCUUUGUCAGUGCUUUGCUUUUAGCAUUCCAAGUCCCAGUGUGCCUAGCAUUUUCUUGGCGACAAGGCGACGCAAGUGCAGCUAAUGCGAUGUGGACGUUUAGUCGUGCUCAAAGUAGUUGGCAGCAGCUUAAUAUCUAUACAUGAGCAAUUUGCGUUAAACUUCAGAGCAGCCAUCUCAUUGAGAGUAGUUAUUCUUUUCGUGAUGUCCCAUGUUCAUAAAGGCUUUGGGGGAUUUGAAUGGUGCGUUGCAUUAUACGAGAUUCUAAAACUUUGUAAAAGAAAAAAAAAAAUAGGUAGGCUAUUUUAUUUAGUAGGGUAAGCUUUAGUCCAUAGAUGGAAGAAUAAUGCAUUUAAGGAGAUCUAUUUGACGCUAAAUGUGCUCCAGAGGCUACUCUCCGUAGAACAAGAUGGGUGGAGGCGUAAGCAGUGUUGUACAUGCUAGUGGCAUCAAAAUGGUGCAGACGCCUCAUUUUUAUCCCAAAACCAACAACUCUGCCUGUAGCUACUCAAACGGACUUGGCUUUUAAGAAUUCAUGUAGCAAUUGGGAAACCCUGACCUUGCAGGAUGUGCAAGACAUAAAUCAUCAUUUGUACAAACUGUAUCGAUGGGAGCAGCUGUAUGUACUGGCAACAAGAGACUGGAGGGAUGUCCUGGCCAGUUCCGUUGUUAGUAGGGGACACCUGUGGAGUUUGCUUUGUUGCACGCACUAGGAGCUGAAAGGAUGUGCUUCUGAGCUGUGCUCACUCAACAAGAGGCCAUAAAUAAAGACCUGGGAAUACUGUCCGUUA